GAGUAGUGUGCAAGAUGGUGAGACAACCAUACCUAAAGAAAGGAUCAUGGAGCCGUGAUGAAGAUCAGAAGCUGAUUGCUUAUAUUACGAGAUAUGGGAUUUGGAAUUGGAAUGAAAUGCCCAGAUUUGCUGGGUUGCAAAGAUCAGGGAAGAGCUGCAGACUUCGUUGGGUGAAUUACUUGAGGCCUAAUAUAAGGCGUGGAAACUUCAGCAGGGAAGAAGAAGAAACCAUAAUCCACCUGCAAAAGACGCUAGGAAAUAGAUGGUCAGCAAUAGCAGCAAGGCUCCCACAAAGAACAGACAAUGAUAUAAAGAACUACUGGAACUCUCGCUUGAAGAAAAGAGUAAUAGUGGAGAAUAACAAUUCAGCAUCAUCACCUACAGAAACCAAAUCUAGUGUGGAGGAGAAUUCGUCUGAUGCUGAUUUGGAGAAUAACAAUUCAGCAUCAUCACCUACAGAAACCAAGUCUAGUGUGGAGGAGAAUUCCUCUGAUGCUGAUUCCUCAAUGAUGCUGGGUAUUUUUUUGGACUCAGACACUCGUGGAAUGCAUGAUUUCGCAGAAAUAGCUGCGGAUACUACUUUUUUUCCAUCAGGCUCCGACCCAAGUGUGGCUGUUGAUGACCACUAUAGCAUGGCUAUGGACAACUAUUUAGUUUCAUAUUGGGAAAUACUGAGUUUUUUAGAGCAGCCACAGAUGAUAGAAGGUUUGGAUUGUGAAGCAAUAUCACAAAAUUCUCAGCAGUGGCACAGCCACCAUCAACAGUACUAUGACCCUUUACAUGAUUUCUGGGUCAACCCAUUAAUUUAGUAAUGAAUAAACUAAAGAUCCUUAUUGUAAUUGGGGCUUCGAUUUCAGCUGUCAGUGUAAGUUGUGGAUCCUCUCUCUAUUAAUACCGAUAGUCUUUCCUUGUCUUAA